AUGGAAAUUUAUGAUAAUAGUAGAGCUCAAGAAUUGAUAGAAAACAGAACUGUCCAAGGUAUAUGUGUAGCUGAUGGUGGUUACGCACAGACACAGUAUAUCUAUACUCCGCAUUCUAAUCCUAUUACAAAUGAACAAAAGAGAUACAAUUAUGCUCACAUUAGAACAAGGAAUGUGGUUGAACGUGUCAAUGAGUUAUUAAAAAAUCGAUUUCGUUGCCUCAGUCGUAAAUUAGGAACUGCGACUACAACAUCGAACCUGGAUUUUGAUCAAAAUGAAUCACGGUUUCAAUCAGAGACAGUCGAUGCUGAAGUAUUUGUUGAUGGUGGAAAUGGAUUCAAUAUAAGAAACUCUUUUAUAAAUAGACAAUUUAACUAA